UGGAAAAACAUGUAAAAUUAACCAAAUUUGACGAUGACGACCCUGCAAGGGAGACUUCUCUUCGUGGCAGCCCUGCUCAUGUGUUGUGCUUGGCAAACCCUCUCCGCCGUCGAGGACAAGUGCUCCGCACUAUCGCAAUACCAUGACCCCAAGUUUAGCUACGACUUUGUUCCGUAUAUCUAUCGACCAUGUGAGCCAGGUGAUCUGCAGUGUCUCUGCCAUGUCCAGGCUAUCCGAAAGAACUUGGAGCCGUACAAGGGCAACGGCAUCAUAGUGGAUAUGAUGAUUCUGCAGUAUUACCCUCACGGCUUGGGCCGCUGUAUACCCUGGAGUGCGAAGCGCUCAAAGGGCUUCUAUCGGGGUUUACGAUCUUCCCCCGAGCGUGAUAAUCUGGUGAUGGUGCCUUGCACGUCUCCCGAUUUGGUAGAUUCCCAGUACCCGUUGCAUGUGGCGGGAGAAUCCGGUUCGCCUACGCACGAAGUUGAUCUCUCCGAAGAGAUGCCUUUCUUCGAGCACCGCCAGUACAAGUACCUAUUCAACUUCCACGGCGUCCUGCUCUGUCGCUCGCUGGUGAUCCACCUGGGCGACCAGUGGCAGGAGCUCUUCUACAACCAACUGAUACCUUGGGUGCACUACGUUUCGGUAGCCAGCGAUGCCGGAGUGGAGGAGCUGGCGGAUCUAAUGCUCUAUCUGCGGGAGGAGAUUGACGAAAAAGGCCAUGAGUUUGUUUGGCUGUAUUUGCGAAUGAAUGACGUGCAGUGCUACUGCUGGAAGUUGCUCCAAGAAUACGUCAAGCUGUUGACCUACCAGGUUCAUCAAAAGCGGGACUUCGUGGAGGUAUCAAACAAGAGAGCUGUCCAAGUGCAUCGCGGGUAGUUCAGUCAAAAGUUAAUAUUUAAAUUUUAACGGAAAAUUACAUUUUUAUAAAAAAAUUCAAA